CGAGAAGCGCAGAUACUAGACUUGGGGAGGCGGCUCCCCUCACCAUUCCGGGCCCCGCGUGACUAGCCGGGCCAAGCGGCGCGCGGGCUCCGCCUCCAGCCCUCCCGGCUCCGCCCAGGCUCCGCCUCCUCCUCCUCGUCCUCCAGCGCUUCCCCAGGGCGCGGGCAGCGGUCCAAUUGAGGCCGACCGAGUUAUGAGAGCCGCCGGUCCGAGUGCGCGCAUGGCGCUGGCUCUGCUGCUGCUGGCCGGGGCCGGGGUGUCGGCCGCCGCCUCGUCCUCCGCCCCGCCGCUCUUCAACGUGAGCCUGGACGCGGCCCCCGAGCUGCGCUGGCUGCCAGUGCUGCAGCACUUCGACCGCGACUUCUUGCGCGCCUCUAUGGCGCGUAUCAUCGGGGAUACUGUCCCCAAGUGGGUCCUCGCAUUGAUCCGAAAGGCGGUCUGGGAGCUGGAGCUCUUCCUGCCCCAGCCCUUCACCGACGAGAUCCGCGGCCAGUGCGACGCUCUGAACUUCACCCUGGCCGACUGCAUCCUCCUUAACCUGGCCUACGAGUCCACAGCAUUCUGCACCAGUAUUGUGGCUCAGGACUCCAAAGGCAACAUUUAUCAUGGCCGGAACCUGGAUUACUCUUUUGGAAAUUUCUUACGCAAGUUGACAGUGGAUGUGCAGUUCAUAAAGAAUGGGCAGGUUGCUUUCACGGGAACCACCUUUAUUGGCUAUGUAGGAUUAUGGACCGGUCAGAGCCCACACAAGUUUACUGUUUCUGGCGACGAACGAGAUAAAGGCUCGUGGUGGGAGAAUAUGAUUGCCGCCCUUUUUCAGAGACACUCACCGGUCAGCUGGCUUAUCCGCACUACCCUGAGUGAAUCAGAAAACUUUGAAGCAGCUGUUUACGAAUUGGCCAAGACUCCCCUUAUGGCUGAUGUUUAUUACAUUGUUGGUGGCACAUUCCCCAAGGAGGGAGUGGUCAUCACAAGGAACAGAGAUGGCCCAGUAGACAUAUGGCCUCUAGAUCCUUUAAAUGGAGCGUGGUUCCGAGUGGAGACAAAUUAUGACCAUUGGAAGCCAGUGCCUAAGAGAGAUGACCGAAGAACACCUGCCAUCAAAGCUCUUAAUGCCACGGGCCAGGCAAACCUCAGCCUGGAGACACUCUUUCAGGUUUUGUCAGUGUUUCCGGUUUAUAACAACUACACAAUUUAUACUACGGUAAUGAGUGCUGCCAGCCCAGACAAGUACAUGACUAGGAUCAGAAACCCGAGUUAAAAGCAGAAGAGCGAAUUCACCUAUGCUAUGAAGGAAGAGAUAUGCGCCUAUAUCUCAGACAGGAAGGUGUUGCCUACUCUACUAUCCAGCAGGAAGAAGAAAACUUGCCGUCUGAUGACAGCCCAGCCAAUCAGACUGUAGCUGCCCAACCAAUGAGAAGCCUCCAUACUUUGGACCCCUAGCCUCCUCCAGUGAACUCUUUCAUUAUUACAGUCCAUCCCAACUCCCUCUUUUCCCUAUGAAAGCAAACUCCUCUUUCCUGUUUUCUGGAUUCGCCUGUGGUCUGCCAUAGUUUGCAUAUCCUGAAUUGUAAUUCCUGUGGCUAUUCCCAAAUAAACUUGCUUUUGCUGGCGAAACAACUGGCUCUUCUAUUACUAAAGUUGACGGAAUCUAAGCCUGUUGUUGGGUAGCUAUUGCUUUAGGGGUGGAAUCAGCUGUGUAACCUAGGGUAAUGGAUAGAUUUCUAAUCAUGUGCUCAUUGAUGUGUACUCCAAACCAGGAAAGGAGGAAAGAUCUGCCAAGGAGACAGACCCAGAGUCAUGGACCCUGUUGGGCAGUUAACAGUAGGUUCUUUGAAGUGGGUUUAAGGGGUUGGCCCAGAGAUUGGUUUCAGAUCGGAACAACUGGAUAUCCUAACGAGAAUUGUCCUCCCAUUCGCCAACUAUCCAGACAUUUAUAAGCCCAGGGAUGAUGCCCUCGUUCACAAACGAAGAUGAAACCGGAUGAGCACAGAGGACUCCAGCUGAAGUGGCGUUGUUCAGUGGUGAAUUUGUGGGAAUGGAGCUAUUGGCAUUCGUCAACCGGGGGUCAGUGAUGAUUUGAGAGCAUUUGGAGAGGAUUCCUCCAAGCCGAGAAGUCCAUUCUCUAACGUGAUGGCACAGGGUGAUUGGGUUUAAGGUGUUUUGGGGACAAAGACUAUGAAAGUAAGGGUGUGAGUGGGGUGAUUGUAGUAGCGUAAUUUUAAGUUUAUUGGGAGUGGUACCAUCAUUGCUACAGUCAGUGGGGGUGUUCAGGAUGAAACGGCAUCAGGAGGGAUGCUGACAGAAGUUUCACUCUGGAGUUAACAUUGAGGGGAAAUGGAGUGAAAUUAGCAGUGGCAUUAGGGACAAAUGAAAAAUUGGUCACAGGAUGGACUAGAGAGUUACUGCUGUUGUGUACAGAUUUGAGUUUCUGGUGGCAAACCCAACCAUCAGAUGUUUCCCUCUGUUGCAAACAGAUUCAGAAGUGCAGGGAAGAUCAUUGUCUUUACAAGAAAGAAAGGGGGGAAAUAAGGUAAGAAACAAUGGGGAAAAGGUAUACAGGCCUGGUCUGGUCAUCUUGGGAAAGCUGUCUCCUUUAUCUGUCAUCUGUUUCAAUUCCUGGAAACCUUUACUUUUAGGUCAUCAGUUGAUACACAGGUCCAGUCAGGGUUUGGUGCUUUCUUUAGAUGUGAUACAUGAUCUGAGAGUCUGUUUCCUGGAUCUUGGCAGUACGCGGACUGGUUAACAACAGUUGGUAAGGGCCCUUCCACCAAGGUUAGAGGGAUGUCUUUGAAGAUGUCUCUUCCAGGAGACGAAAUCUGUAGGUUGUAAGGGAUGAUGCUGAAGACCUUUGUCUCCCAGGAGCUGUGAAAAGAUUGUUCUACUAAGUCAUGGUUAUUUUCAACAGAAACAAUUAAGUCUUUAAAAUAUUCAAGUAUAUACUCUCUUAUUAGCUGUAGAUCAAAAGCAGCAGGAGCUAGCAGCAUUGAGAAUCCUCUGAUUAUCUCAAAGUGUGAGAGUUUAUGGGUUGCAAAAAGGGUAGAUAAACCUAAGAUUUAGAAGGACCAGUGGCAGUGACUUUGGCCAGGGUGUUUGAAGAGUCUCUACAAAUUUUGUCGAUACACUCUUAAUGGUGCCAUUCGUGUGUUCGACUGGCCCUGGGGAUUUUGGCUGGUAAGCACAGGGAAAGUGUUGUAGAACUGGCCAGACAGCACAGACUUGUCCAAGCACCUGGCUGGUGAAGUGGAUUCCCCAGUCACCAUGAAGUUAGAGGUGGGGUUCGCUGGGUAGGGAUAAUUUUUUUUUUAAUGGCUUUUUUCUUUUUUUUAAUUUUAUUUUUGGCUGUGUUGAGUCUUUGUUGCGUGCAGGCUAUUCUCUGGUUGGAGCGAGCGGGGGCUACUCUUCGUUGCGGUGUGCGCGCUUCUCAUUGCGGUGGCUUCUCCUGCUUCGGAGCACGGGCUCCAGGCACGCGGGCUUCAGUAGUUGUGGCACUUGGGCUCAGUAGUUGUGGCUCGCGGGCUCUAGAGCGCAGGCUCAGUAGUUGUGGCACACGGGCUUAGUUGCUCCGCGGCAUGUGGGAUCUUCCCAGACCAGGGCUUGAACCAUGUCCCCUGCAUUGGCAGGUGGAUUCUUAACCACUGCGCUACCAGGGAAGCCAGGGAUAAUCUUUUCUAAUAGAAUUUUAGCCACAGGAGAGGCAGUGGCCCAUCUAUGAGGGAAAGCUUCAGAUCAGUGAGAAAAUAUACAACCAUUGCCAAAACAUAUUUAUAUCCGUGAGAUGGGGGAAGCUGUAGGAAAUCCGUUGCCAAACCUCAAAUGGUCUAUUGGGUAAUUUAAAGUUGUGGGGUGGUGUGGAUAGGUUCCCCAGCAUUGUAUUUUGGAUGCGUGUGGUAAAUAAAGUGCUUUUAGUGGCUUUAUUAAUAUUUUCCCACCAGUACUGAUUCAUAAAGUUUAUCAUUUUAUCAGUAGAUCAGUGAUUCAACGCACAUACAGUACAGUUGACUCUUGAACAACACAGGGGUGAGGGCACUGAUCCCCCUGCACAGCUGAACAUCUGCGUAUAACUUUACAGUUGGCCCUCCGUAUCCGAGAUUCUGCAUCAGCCAACUGCAGAUCAUGUAGUACUGUAGUAUAUAUUUAUUGGAAAAAAUCCACAUAUAAGUGGACCCUUGCUGUUCAAUCCUGUGUGGUUCAAGGGUCAACUGUAGUCAGUAAUGGGAAUUUUAGAGUCUCUGGCAGGACUGGAUCGUCAUUCGGCCCAAACCAGAGCUCUUUCUUUUUAUCAAACCAACAGUAAUUAGACUUCCAAUAUUGUUUUUCCUUUUCUGUGGCCAGUUGUUGGGUAUCUCUAGUCAACUUGUCUAGAUUAUCAUUUGGGGGAACAUCUUUUUGGAGCAUGACAGAGGUUUGGUUAUUGGUUCCUGUGAGAGCAGCAUUUUUUUUUUAAAAAAAAUAAAUUUAUUUAUUUAUUUUUGGGUGUGUUGGGUCUUCGUUUCUGUGCGAGGGCCUUCUCUAGUUGCGGCGAGUGGGGGCCACUCUUCAUCGCGGUGCACAGGCCUCUCACUGUCGCGGCCUCUCUUGUUGCGGAGCACAGGCUCCAGACGCGCAGGCUCAGUAGUUGUGGCUCAUGGGUUUAGUUGCUCUGUGCCAUGUGGGAUCUUCCCAGACCAGGGCUCGAACCCAUGUCCCCUGCAUUGGCAGGCAGAUUCUCAACCACUGCGCCACAAGGGAAGCCCAGAGCAGCAUUUUUAGUGGAGAUAUCAGUGAAGUGGUUCUCUUUAGCUUCCAGGGCGUCAAGUUUAGAAUGCCCAGAACUUUAAUAAUAGCCAGAGUGGCUGGUAGAAAUAUGGCAUCUAAUAAAUCUUGAAUAUAUGGGCCAUUUUAGUUUUAUCCCCAUUAGACAUAAGGAAGACGUAAGGAAAUCUCUCUGCUUCCAUAACAUUCCAAGGUUAUGAGCUACUCCAAAAGUGUUUCUACUGUCUGUAUGAAUAUUUGCAAUUUUGCCCAUGGCUGAACUAUAGGCUUGAGUAAGAGCGUAUCAUUCAGCCUGUUGUGCUGAGGUAGCCAAAGGCAAAGGUGCUGCCUUGAUAACUUCCAAAGAAGUUGCAGUUGCAUAUCCAGCACAGUAUUCACCAUUUUCAUCUUUUAAAUAAGAACCAUCAGUAAACCAUGAAGAAUCAACAUUUGUUAAAGGGGUUUCUUGAAAGCUGUAAUAGGGAGUCAAGAGAUGGUCUGUCAGAGUUAGUCAUGAGGAGUUUAGUCUAUAGAGGAGGGAAGAAGGGUGGCAAGGUUAGGGAUAUUACAGUGAACAAGAGUGAUAUGGGGUGCAGUCAACAGGAGCAUUUCAUAGGGAGUAAGACAUGUUGCUGAAAGAUGUUGGAUAUGGUUGGAAUUCAGAAGGGCUUUCAAUAGCAUGAGGAACAAAGAUGGUCAGAGAGGAACCCAUGAGUAUUUCUUGGUUGGCCUUUACUAAAAGGGCAGUGGCAGGAAUGACUCAGAGGCAAGGGGGUAUCCUUAGGCCACAGGGUCCAGCUGCUGACUGUGAUACCCUAUUGGUGAUGGUGAUCUCUGUGUUUCUAAAUAAGCACCCUGAGGGCAUUUUCUUCCUUUUCAUAGACCUAGAGGAAAAGGGGGAGUUGAUAAUUAGUGUCCAAGGGCAGAGAGAUUCAUUAAGCUUUCCUUUAGGAUUUUAAAACCUAGAUCAUCCUGAUCUUCCCAAAUAAUGGGAUCAGGCUUAGUGUUUUUCAACAAGAUGUAUAUAGGGGCUGAACCAUGAGAGAAAAAUAUGAAACCCUGUUACGAUAAUAGCCAGCUAACCCAAGAAAGCCUCGUAAUUGGCAUUUAGUUUGGGGCUUUAGGAAAUUCAGGAUGCCGUGGAGCCUUUCAGGAUCUAUGUAUAGUCCUUGUUCUGAAAUCAGAUGUCCUAAAAAGCAGACUUGAGUUUGAACAAACUGUAGCUUCUCCUUAGAGACCCUAUGUCUCUUUGAGGCUAAAAGCUUUAGCAGAUGGAUGCUGUCUUCCCGUGAGGAGGCCUGGGAAGGGGAGCAGAGAAGCAAAUCAUCUAAUAUUGUAAUAGUUUAGAACCUCUAGGAGAUUUUACAUCGUCUAAAUAAGCUUUUAGGGUUUGUGAGAAACAAGAAGGACUUUUGCUUAAACCCUGGGGCAUUACUGUUCAGAUGUAUUGUUGUCCUUCCCAAGUAAAGGCAAAGAGAUAUUGAUGGGCCUUAUCCACAGGGUUGCUAAAGAAGGCACUACACAAAGCAAUCACGGUGAGAAGCUUACUUUCAGUAGGGAUGGGAGCUGAUAAGGUAUGAGGGUUGGGAACAGCAAGGUGAAGAGGGAUAACAAUAUUGUUUACAGUAUGGAGGUCUUGGACAAAUCUGUCUGCAGCCAUUGGGUUUCCUGGUAGGUGAAAUAAGGAUAUUGCAGGGACUGAUACAAGGGAUUAUAACCCCCUGGGCUUUAUAAUCCUCUGUGAUUGGUCUGAUUCCCUGUAAGCACUCUUUAUUUGUAGGGUAUUGAUUAAUUCUGGGGAAAGGCUUUGAGGGAACAAUUUGGGUGUUUUUUUUUUUGGCCAUCACUUUAUUUUUUAAUUAAGUUAUAGUUGAUUUACAACGUUGUAUACGUUUUAGGUGUAUAACAUAGUGAUUCACAAUUUUUAAAGGUUAUAUGCCAUUUAUAGUUAUUAUAAAAUACUGGCUAUAUUCCCCAUGUUGUACAAUAUAUCCUUGUAGCUUAUUUUAUACCUAGUACUUUUUGUGGGUGUGGGUUAGCCAGUUUGCUAAAUUAACCACGUCUAUUAAGCACAUAGUUUCCCAUCUUAUUCUAAUUCUCUUUGCCAAAAGAGAGAGGUCUCAGUUUAGCUCAUUAGUGAACAUAGAGUUAAAGGCCACCCAUGUGGAUUCGACAUCCAUGGGGAGACCAGAAUUUUCCUUAAAAAUAAUCUGGAGUAGACUAUAAUAAUCAUGCAUGGGUUCAUUUUUUUUUAAAUUUUUAUUGGAGUAUAGUUUCUUUACAAUGUUGUGUUAGUUUCUACUGUACAGCAAAAUGAAUCAGCCAUACAUAUACAUAUAUGCCCUCCCUUUUGGACUUCCUUCCCAUUCAGGUCAGCACAGUGUAUUAAGUAGAUUCCCUGUGCUAUACAGUAUGUUCUCAUUAGUUAUCUAUUUUAUGCAUAGUAUCAAUUGUGUGUAUGUGUCAAUCCCAAUCUCCCAGUUCCUCCCACCCCCCUCUUUUUCCCCUUGGUAUCCAAACAUUUGUUCUGUACGUCUGUGUCUCUAUUUCUGCUUUGCAAGUAGGAUCAUCUAUACCACUUUUCUAGAUUCCACACAUACGCAUUAAUAUACAAUAUUUGUUUUUCACUUUCUGACUUCACUCUGUAUAACAAUCUCUAAAUCCAUCCACAUCUCUACAAAUGACCCAAUUUGUUCCUUUUUAUGGCUGAGUAAUAUUCCAUUGUAUAUAUAUACCACAUCUCCUUUAUCCUUUCCUCUGUUGUUGUUGUUUUUUUUAAUUUAUAUUUUUAGCUGUGUUGGGUCUUCAUUGCUGCACGUGGACUUUCUCUAGUUGUGGCGAGUGGGGACUACUCUUCGUCGUGGUGCGCGGGCUUCUCAUUGCGGUGGCUUCUCUUGUUGCGGAGCACAGGCUCUAGGUGCACAGGCUUCAGUAGUUGUAGUGCGCGGGCUCAGUACUUGUGGCUUUUGGGCUCUAUGCAUGCUUAGUAGUUGUGGCACAUGGGCUUAGCUGCUCCGCGGCAUGCGGGAUCUUCCUGGACCAGGGAUUGAACCCGUGUUCCCUGCCUUGGCAAGUGGAUCCUUAACCACUGUGCCACCGGGGAAGUCCCUCCAUUCCUCUGUUGAUGGACAUUUAGAGAUAAACCCACGCACCUAUGGUCACCUAAUCUCUGACAAAGGAGGGAAGAAUAUACAGUGGAGAAAAGACAACCUCUUCAAUAAAUGGUGCUGGGAAAACUGGACAGCUUCAUGUAAAAGAAUGACACUAGAACACUCAUAAUAUCAUACACAAAAAUAAGCUCAAAAUGGAUUAAAGAUCUGAAUAUAAGGCCAGACAUUAUAAAACUCUUAGGGGAAAACAUAGGCAGAACACUCUUUGACAUAAAUUGCAGCAAGAUCUUUUUUGACCCACCUCCUAGGGUAAUGAAAAUAAAAACAAACAAAUGGGACCUCAUUGGGUUUUUUAAUGCAGGCCUGAAUUUUGUUCCAAUCAGCAGCUUUCAGGAAAGCUCUGAGGAUUGCUAAGUGGAGUCCCUUAGCAAUUGCCUGAGCCUGGUCACAAAAUAAGGCAGGAGGUUAAUCUCCCACUUGUUAUUCUAGAGAUUUUUCAAGACGUGACCAAUCAGCAGUCUUCAUCCAUUGUUGGGUUCCACCUUUGCCGAAAAGCAUGUGGACUAGUUGAUAUUAAGUCUGAGAAACCAGGUUGAAAAGUCUGGACAAUUAUAUUAAAUUCCUCAGUGAAUUUAUGAGGAGCUUCAGUAACUUUAGGAAAACCUUUGACUAUGGUUUGUAGUUCAGUCUUAGUUCAGGGAACAUAGGAAAUUAGGAGCUUAGCAUUAGGAUCCUAGGAAGGUUUGAUUUUUAAAGGUGCAGGUUUUAAUGGGUUGAGGUGAGGAGGAAGUAGGGAGAGGUUCAGAGAACAAGGGAAGUUCAAUGAUAGGGUUGAAAUGAAAAAGAGGAGGGUACAAAGAGGAAAGAACAGGCACAGUAGGAAAAGGAGAAGUUAGCACAGGAAGUGAAAAGGGAGAAGAGGCCUCUGAUGCUUUUUUUACAUUCUUUUAAUUUUUUAUUUGCCUCAAUCAUAAGUAGUAUUCUGUAAAGAGGCAGCUUUAGAGUCCUGAUUGCACUUGGAAGCCUUGAGGUACCUUGUUUUUUUUUUUU